UCUGAGCACACAUGGUUUGUCCCUCCCAGAAGCCUUCAGUGUGUAACAAUAUGGCGGCGCCCAGUAGGCACGUAGGGCGUUAUUUCCAACGAAACGGCCGAUUUUUGCUAAAUAACAUCGAGCAGUUAUGGGGUCACAGGAGUUUUGGUUGGACCUCAGCUGUAUUACAACAGGCUGCAGAAGCUCUUAAAGAAUCUACAGAAACUGUUGUCAUCCCCAGGAAGAAAACAUGGAGCAAGGAAGCAGUGCUGGAGGCUCUGGCUUUGACUGUCGGCAAGGAUCCUACAGCAUAUCCCUACCAGUUCCAGGAUGACCCGUACCUCUCUCCCAGGACCGCUGUUGAGUUUAAGAUGUACUCACUCUCUCAGGAGAGCGGCAGGUCUGCGGCCAAAUACUUUAUCAACAGCAAUCCCAAGUUUUUCACCAAAGACUUUGCUGAACCACAUAUACCAUGUCUGAUGCCAGAGACUGUGCCACUGCUGCUUGAGGAGGUGAGCGAGGAGGCUCUGAAGGAACGAAUCAACUUGAGGAAAGUUGCAGCUGCUGUUGACCUGUACGAUCAGCUGCUGCAAGCUGGCACCGCAGUCUCAAUGGAAACGACUCAUGACCUGUUAAACUUGAUCAGCUUCUAUUGUGACAGAGACCCUGUCCAGGACUCAGAGCCGCAGCUUGAGGACAUGGAGGGAUCAGGAGAGGAGGUGAAGAGAAAGAAAGCGACGUUCCCCCGGGCAGCAGACUUCAUUAAACCCACCUGGAAGGAAAACAACAACGCAGAGAGAAUCUUUAACCUGCUGCCCGAGAGAGACACACUGUGUUACUCCGCUCUGAUCAGAGGCAUGGUGAUGCACAGAGCCUAUGCAAAGGCCUUUAGCUUGUACACAGACAUGCUGAACAACAGACUGACCGCCGACGUCCACACUUUCAACGCUCUGAUCUCAGCAGCUCCGGAUGUCAGAGAUAAAUACAACGAGAGAUGGGAAGUCAUCACUGACUUGCUGAACCAGAUGAACCAACAGAAUGUUCGGCCCAACCUGCUGACCUUCAACAACGUCCUCAAAGCUCUGAAACGCUGCGGCUUUUUGGCCAAAUCGCACGCCGUACACACUCUGAAGGAGAUGAAGGCUGUGGGAAUAGUUCCCAGCCUGGCCUCCUACAGCCACCUCCUGUCAGUCUUUUUCAAAGCAGGCUCUUCUGUCAAGAGCAACACUGACAUUUUACAGCAAGUGUUGUCAGAGUUGGUGGGAACCAGCUUCACCUGCCAGGACCCUGAUGACGCCUCUUUCUUCAUGACUGCAAUGAGAGUGUGUGUGGAAAACAAAGAUCUGGAGAUGGGUUAUAAGGUCCAGAGUCUGGUAGAAGUUGGAGACAACUGGAGGCUUCUGGGAGAUUCCUACCAACAGACUCUUUAUUAUGGUCGAUUCUUCAGCCUGCUGUGUAUGAUGGAGCACUUUGACGUGGUGUUGAAGUGGUACAGGAAACUCGUUCCCUCGUCGUAUUACCCAAACCCUCAGGGAAUGAAAGAGCUGCUGCAGGCCAUGGACAUGGAGAGCCGCCUGGACCUGCUGCCCACGAUAUGGAAAGAUAUCUGCACAUUGGGUCACGAUAAUAAGUCUGAUCUGGUGGAGGAGAUGCUCAGCCUGAUGUCCAGAGACCAACAUAGUCCUGAGAUUCAGGAGUCUUUUGCAGUGUGUGCUUUGGAUGUAAAGCGAGUGUUCAGUGGAGACACAGGGAGGCCCAGUCUGGAGUGGAGCAGCUCCUCCCUUUCGCACAUCACCACCCUGCUGCUGCGAGCCAACAAGACCCAAGAAGCCUGGGAAAUGCUGGAGCUCUUCAAAUCCAACAACAGAGUUCCUCAUGAGCAGCUAUUGGAGGACUUCCUGUCCGUGUGUCAUAGCAAUGGCUCUUCCAAGAGAGCUGUGGAGCUGGUUCAGCUGUCCUCAACCUUCUGUCUGUCUGCAACACCAAGGCUGGCCAAGCGAGCGCUGGCUGAGUUUGAUCUGACUGAAGACCAAAGAGCCAUAUUAUCUGAAUUGGAGUCUGCAGAGGAGCCCUCUGAUUGAAGUGGACGAUAGUGAGUGAACCACUGUGAUGCCGAUCCAUUGAUACGAACAUCUGACAAACCCAUGCAGAGUGUACUUGUUUUGUUAUCUGUGUAAUAAAAAUAUAUGUCGCAUAAAUCAAAA